UUAUUGUAAAUUCUAAACCAUCAAUCUUCCUUUCAUCAGUGGUUCAAAAAUUUCAUUGCAGAUUAUGGGGUGCCUCUCAUGGUGCUGCUCUGGACAGCCCUAUCAUUCACAGUACCAAGUAAAGUUCUUUCUGGAGUUCCAAGAAAACUUGUUUCUCCUCUUGCUUGGGAUUCCACAUCUUUGCAUCAUUGGACUGUCAUCAAAGACAUGGGCAAGGUUUCACCAACAUAUAUAUUUGCUGCUUUUAUUCCUGCCAUAAUGAUAGCAGGGCUUUAUUUCUUUGAUCAUAGUGUUGCUUCAUAGUUAGCACAACAGAAGGAAUUCAACCUAAAGAAGCCUUCUGCAUAUCACUAUGACAUAUUGCUACUAGGAUUCAUGACUUUGCUUUGUGGAUUAAUUGGCUUGCCUCCUUCAAAUGGAGUUCUGCCUCAAUCCCCUAUGCACACCAAGAGCAUGGCUGUUCUCAAGAAACAGUUGAUAAGAAGAAAGAUGGUUAAAAGUGCCAAAGAAAGCAUAAAACAGAAAGCAAGCAAAUCAGAAAUCUAUGGGAAUCUACAGGCUGUGUUUAUAAAAAUGAAUAGCACUCAAGAUUUUCAGGGUUUGAAAGAUAGCAGGUUGAAUCUGAUUUGGGCAAUACAUAAUUCUGGAGGAAAGAGGAUUUGCAUCCUUUAUGUUCAUGUGCCAACAGCUACAAUCCCCAUAAUGGGUGCUAAUUUUUCAGAAAGUGUAGCCGGAGAGCAUCAAGUUCAAGAACAUCGAGAAAAUGAAGAGCAAGGCAUGCGCAAUAUUCUGAAUGACUAUCUUAUUAUCUGCAGAAGAAUUGGGGUAGAGGCAGAAAACUGCAUAUUAUUGAUAAGGAUUGCAUUGAAAAAGGGAUUGUAGAACUUAUCUGCAAGCAUAAUAUCAAGAAGCUUCUGAUGGGAGCAGCUUUUGAUCUUUGACUAAUUUAAUUUAGCUUUUUGAAUUAUCUCUAAAAACAUAAUGUCCAAUUAUAAAGUCAUCACAGAUUUAAAGUCAUCACAGCUAAAUGUUUUGAAUAUUUUGUAUUAUUAGUGAAUUGCAAUUUAAAUGAAUAUAAGUCUAAGUUUAGUUAUUUA